UCAAACGUCGUCGGAAGGGCGUAAAGUUUCCUCGCAAUUUCCUCUGAAUUCGCGCUCAAACGCACGCGAAAUUGUGCAAAAAUUACGGAAAAGUGUGUCGGCGUGCUGUGUGAGUGACAUUCAGUCGGUGGGUUCCGGUAGAUGGUGAGAAAACCCGUGAAAAUCCCGUGUUUUGUGCGGCACUUCCUCUCGGCGGCGACAUCAAACAAAACAUCCUUCACCGAACUUGCGCAAAGUGGGUAAACAAUGGCGUGGCGCUUCAAGGCAUCCAAGUACAAGAAUGCCGCCCCAAUCGUCCCCAAGCCCGAGGCCACGAUCCGGGACAUCAUCGUGGGCUCGUACCAGAAUCACGGCAGCAACAUCGCCGCCUCGGCGGCCUUCAUGGCCUUCAACUGGGAGCACACGGGCACGAGUCUGGCCGUGCUGCCCAUCGACGACUGCGGCCGGAAGAGCAAGACGAUGCCGCUGCUGCACGCGCACUCGGACACCGUCACGGACCUGGAGUUCUCGCCCUUCCACGACGGCGUGCUGGCCACGGGCUCGCAGGACUGCCUGGUGAAGAUCUGGCACAUCCCGCCCAAGGGCCUCACCACGUCCAUCACCAAUCCCGAGUGCACGUUCUCACACAAGCAGCGCCGCAUCGAGCGCGUGGGCUUCCACCCAACGGCCGACUGCCUGCUGCACUCCACCUCGGCCGGCACCAUCAACCUCUGGGACAUCACGGUGCAGGAGGAGGCGUUCUCGAACAAUGAGCAUCCGGAAGUGAUCCAGUCAGUGAGCUGGAAAAGAGACGGCACAGUUCUGGCGACGACGUGCAAAGACAAGAUGAUUCGCGUGGUGGAUCCGAGAGCCAACAAGCCCAUCGCCUUGGCGGCUGACAGUCAUCAGAGUAUCAAGGAUUCGCGUGUGGUGUGGCUGGGCGAGCAGAAUCGCAUUCUCACCACGGGCUUCGAUGCUCAGCGACUGCGUCAGGUGAUCAUUCGCGAUGUGAGGAACUUCCACGUGCCGGAAAAGACUCUCGAGCUUGACUGUUCAACUGGAAUUCUGAUGCCAUUGUUCGAUGCCGACACAAAUAUGCUCUUCCUGGCCGGCAAGGGUGAUUCCACGAUUUCGUAUCUGGAGGUGACGGAGAAGGAGCCCCACUUGAUUGAGGGGCUGCGGCACACGGGCGAGCAGACGAAGGGAGCGUGUCUGGUGCCGAAGAGAGCGCUCAGAGUGAUGGAGGGCGAGGUGAACAGGAUUCUGCAGCUCACUUCCAACUCCGUCAUCCCGAUUAUGUAUCAGGUGCCGCGGAAGACUUACAGGGAUUUCCAUAGCGACUUGUAUCCGGACACGGUGGGCUUCAGGACGGACUUGACGGCGGCUCAGUGGCUGAAAGGGACGAACUUGCCGGUGCCCAAGAUGAGUCUCGACCCUGCCAAGCGGGAAUUGGGCGCCCAGCCAAUUACGCCUCGCUUGGGACCGAAACCCUUUGUCGGAUGCACAUCAUCGGAGAAGUUCUCCUUUGACAAGGUCUUCUCGGUUCCUCAAGUUCCGGGAACUGAGCAACAGUCGGCAAAUGGUGGGAAUGGCGAUCAAGAGAAGACUGAUCAGUAUUCGUCGCAUUCCAAUACAGAACCGGAGAAAACGGAGGAGAAUUCCGAAGAGAAGACAGAUGACUCUCCUGAGAUGGAGAGCACCGAGUGCGAGCCUCCGGUUGAGAUUGCUGAGCCUGAAGUGGUCGAUGUGCGUGAGUCUGUGGAGAAGAAGCCUGACGAGGCUGAGGAUGAUCGCUCUGACGCUGCCACAUCCAUUGCUGAGCGUCGCAAGAUGUACGAGCAUCGCUCGAUGAGCAUUCAGGAGGAGAAGGCGGCGUCGCCGACGCCUCUGCGGCGCCGCAAUUCCCUGAAGCAGUGGAAUGGAAAGGAGGAGGAACACGCAGCGCCGGCGCCGCAAGCCACAGUCGUGGACGGCGACACGGCGUCGAGUGCAAAGACGGGCAAGAGGACGUCGACGGUGUUCGGGCGAGUGUCCAAGUAUCGGCACUUGAAGGGCACGCCGGGACACAAGUCCACGAGCAUUGAGAAUGUGCGGAACAUCAGUCGCCAGCUGCCGGGCGAGUGCGAUGGGUUCCACGGGAAUGCGCAGCGCGUGGCUGUGCCGCUGGCGGGGCCGGGCGGGAAGAUUGCCAUCUAUGAGCUGGAGAAGUGCGGACGUCUGCCGGACGGUGUGAUCCCGUCGCUGGUCAACGGGAGCAACAUCAUGGACUUCCAGUGGGAUCCCUUCAAUCCCAGCCGCCUGGCGGUGGCGUGCGAUGACGGCAUCGUGAGACUGUGGAUGAUUCCGGCUGGUGGACUCACGGAGCCCAUCAACACGCCGCAUUCGGAGCUGGUGGCGCACUCGGACAAGAUCUACUUCAUCCGCUUCCACCCGAGCGCCAGCGACGUCCUGCUCACGGCCAGCUACGACAUGACGCUGAAGCUGUGGGAUCUGGUGGAGAUGCAGGAGCGUCUUGUGCUGCACGGCCACACGGAUCAGAUCUUCAGCUUCGCCUGGAGUCCGUGCGGCACUCGCGGUGCGUCUGUGUGCCGCGACGGGCGUCUCAGAGUGUUCAAUCCGCGCCAGUCGGGCGAGCCGGUGGCCGAGGGGCCCGGGCCCGUGGGCACGCGCGGGGCGCGCGUCGUGUGGGCGCUGGACGGUGAGUUCAUCGUCGUGACGGGCUUCGAUAAGGUGUCAGAGCGCCAGAUCACAAUCUACCAGCGAGACAACUUGGGUGUGCCAUUGAACACGAUCGGCAUCGACGUGUCACCUGCCAUUCUCGUGCCGUUCUACGACGAGGACAGCUCGACGCUCUUCCUCACCGGCAAGGGCGACUCCACGGUGUUCAGCUUCGAGAUCACCGACGAAGCGCCGCACAUCUGCCCGCUGUCGCACCAUCGCGGCGUCUCGGUGCACCAGGGACUGAGCUUCCUGCCCAAGAACCAGUGCAAUGUGGCCGGCGUGGAGUUCGCGCGAGCUCUGCGUCUCACCAACAACACCAUCGAGUGGCUGAGCUUCACGGUGCCGCGGCUCAAGAGCGAGCUCUUCCAGGACGAUCUCUUCCCGCCCACGCGCGUCACGUGGGCCCCCAGCCUGAGUGCCAAGGAGUGGUUCGCCGGCAAGGACAAGGCGCCCAGCAAGGUCAGCCUGCAGCCGGAGGGAAUGGCGUGUUUGUCAUCCAGCAAACUGCCCGCGAAGUCGGACGCUGCCAAGGCUCCUGAAUCUGCUGCUGCUGAGGCAAUUCCGCCGCCUCAUCCGGGCGCCAGCAUGAUGUUCCGCAGCGACGUGACGAAGCAGCGCGAGAAGGACAUCCAGAAGAGUCUCAGCGCCCGAAUGGAGCCGAAUCUGGCCAAGAUCGAGUACGACACGGAGAACGGCGUGGAUGAGGAUGAGUGGGAGGGCUGAAGAGCCCGUGGGGAAAGCCAUUUUCGCGCUCGUUCGCGCCUUUUCUGCAAUUUUUAUCGCAUUUCUGCCGACUUUCGCGAAGACAUAUCGUGAGAUUUUGACGUGCGCGGAUCAUGACGAUUUUUCUAACGCAACAAAAAUAUACUCUGCAACUCUGAGCCAGUGAACAGAUUGAACACUGCAAGACAUAUUCCAAGUUAGUAGUAAUGUAAUUAAGGGCUGAAAACACAGUGUAUCUCUUAUUCCAUUUUGAAUUUAUUCAUUGUAAUUGAAAGAAAAUAUUCUCCAAGAUGACAUUUUUGCUUAAAAGAAAUUGUGUGUUGUGAUAUUUUAUUUAACCGUCAUAGUAUUUGAUUUAACGGAGACAUAGAAAUGAACAAAAAAAAAAAGGAAAAAUCCAAACUAGUCGGUUUUAUAUUAAUCUGUAGGAGAAAAAGAUUGAUGAAAGACACUUCCAUUUGUGUAAAUGCGACUCUCUUCGCAAAAACUCCUUUCUUAUUGAGCCUCCCUUUUUCGAUGUAGAGCAAUUUUUGAUAAAGAAACAAUGAUGUAAUAUUUGAUAAACAAGUUUGUGUAAUUUUUAGGGACAUAUUCGGAUAUAUAAAAAAAAACAACUUUUUUACAUUUUAUAUGGAUGGAGAAAAGAAACUACAAGAAAAAAAGUAUGAUAAAAAGUAUUUAAACAAUUUUAUACAAUGCUGAAGAUUUUUCAACGCAGUUUCAGAAUGUGAAGAUGAAGGAAUUGUAGCAAAAUAAUCGUAAUUAAUCCAUUUGCAUAGGCAUUAUUUGCAAUUUAUAAAAGCAUUGAUAUGGAAAUAAAAGUGAUGUGCAUG